AGUCCUAUAUAUAUGUGUCGAAGUGGCCAGAGAAAUGUACCAAAACAUUGCAUAAGCUUUUCAAAGGAGGAAGUCUGGUGCUCUCAACCACAAACCAUUUUCUUUCCUGCAAAAUUUCACACUAGGUUUUCUGAGAGAUGAAAAAGAAUCAUAUAGAAGAUGCUUCAAGUGAAAUUGAAGAUGAAAACAAAGAGCUGCAGAUAACACUUGACAUUCCAACAGACUUGAAGUCUUUCAUAUCAGAGCCAGCCUUAUGGCCUGAGCUUUGUAUCUACAGGGUUCCAAGAAAACUCCGAGCAAGAAAGCCAGCGGCCUACACACCUCAAUAUAUUUCAAUUGGGCCUUUUCACCGCAACAACAAAGCAUUAAAGCCUAUGGAGAAGCAGAAAUUGCGAUACUUGGCAGAGUUCUGUGAAAGGACAGGGAAGCAUUGGACUGAGCUUGCCAACCAAAUUAAAGAGCUGAAGGUACGCCAUUGUUAUGAAGAGACAUUUGAGGAAAGCACUAACAAGUUCCUCAACAUGAUUCUCCUGGAUUCUGUGUUCAUCAUCGAGCUCUUCUUAAGAAGAGCAGAAAAAUAUAAUUUCUUUGAAAACCAAGUGCCUAGAAAUUACAAUGAUGAUUUUAUCCUUGGAAAAUCAACACGGGAAUAUGGUUUAUUAUGGGAUUUAAUAUUGGUUGAAAAUCAGCUGCCCUACUUUGUUCUUGAUGAUUUAUAUGAAUUCUCUAUCCCCAAAUCUAGUGAAAAACAAUAUCAUUCUUUCCAUGACCUUGUGCUCUUUAACUUUGAGUUAAAGAAGAACAAAUCUUCUCUAGAAAGAGAAAAAAAUGAAAAUCAAAAGUGUACCUGCGAUUGCUUCUCUUGCUUGCUCUAUUUCUGGAUUAUUAGACUCUUCACCUGUCAGAGGCGCAAGGAUGGAAGCGUAGGAAAAGACAAUAAAAACAAAGAAGAAGACCUUCCGGAGAAACCUCUUCAGAAGAAAACCUGCGAUUGCUUCUCUUGCUUGCUCUAUUUCUGGAUUAUUAGACUCUUCACCUGUCAGAGGCACAAGGAUGGAAGCGUAGGAAAAGACAAUAAAAACAAAGAAGAAGACCUUCCGGAGAAACCCCUUCCGGAGAAACCCUUACACUUCACUGACUUGUUUCGAAAAUAUCGAUCCUACUGCCAUCCAGAGUCGAAGAAUAAUAAGAUAGUGAAGAAGCUAUACGAUGCCACUAUGCUGCAUGAAGCAGGAGUGAAUUUUAAGGCGAGUGAAAAUGCAUGCUCAAUUGACAUAAAAUUUAAAAGGGGAGAGUUGAAAAUGCCACUAUUCGAAGCGGAUGAUAGCACCGAGCUUGUUAUUAGAAACCUGAUGGCUUUCGAGCAGUGUCACUAUCCAGAGCAGCCUUUAAUAUGCGAUUACAUAUGGAUACUUGAUUUUCUGAUCAACACAGAGAAGGACGUGGAUUUGCUUGUUCGUAAGGAAAUCAUUGUGAACUUGCUAGGAGACAACAAAACAGUGGCCAAGUUGGUCAAUAAUCUUUGUUUAGAAAUUACGGCAUCUGGGUCUUGUUUUUACGAUCUGAGUGAGGCGUUGAAUAAGCACUGCGAGAAUCCACUCUGUCGAACGAUGGCGAUCCUGAGAAGUGUGUAUUUCAGCAACUUGUGGAGAGGCACUGGAACAGUUGCUGCAAUUGCACUCCUAGUCUUCACUUUCACACAGUUUUUGGAUUGCAUCAAGAUAAUCUAAAGCAUGAAAGCUUGUGUAAUUGUGUGCUGUGUUCAUUGGGUUUAUUUGUUCCUUUUCGAAGUUGCGUUUGUAAUAAUUAAAGAGGCUUGUUAAUGUUGA